AAACAGCGGUAUAGAGAAAAAGAGUUUGAGUUCGCCGGAAAACGAUGAAAGCUGUCGAGACGGAGAACAUGGUGAGCGAGUACGUCAAGAGGCACCACCAUAGGCACGAGCUUGAGGAGAACCAAUGUAGCUCCACGCUCGUUAAGCAUAUCAAAGCUCCUCUUGACCUCGUGUGGUCAAUUGUGAGGAGUUUCGACCAACCACAAAUGUACAAGCCAUUUAUCAGUAGGUGUGUGGUUAAAGGUGAGCUAAUAAAGAUUGGUUCUGAAAGAGAAGUUGAUUUGAAAUCUGGCUUACCAGCUACUAAGAGCACAGAGAUAUUAGAGUUUCUCGACGACGAUGAACAUGUCCUCUCUAUCAGAAUCGUGGGUGGCGAUCACAGACUCAAGAACUAUUCAUCAAUCAUUUCGUUGCACCCGGAGAUCAUAGAAGGAAGAGCAGGGACAUUGGUCAUAGAGUCGUUUGUGGUGGACGUGCCUCAAGGUAACACUAAGGAGGAGACUUACUUCUUCGUUGAGGUUCUUGUUCAAUGCAAUCUCAAGUCUUUAGCAGAUGUCUCCGAGCGUCUCGAAGCAGAUGCAAGUACGGAGAAUGUAUUGUGAUGAUGAUGACAAGGAAACUUUUCAAAGGGAAAUGGAUGAAGAAUCUUUAUUUAAGUGUAUAUAUGCUUUUCCUUUUUUAAAAAAUUUCUCCCAUUUUGUGAAUUUGUAUAUUAUAUCAUUUGAACAUUGUAAUUAAGUUUUUUAAUAAAAUGUAUAUUAAA